AACCAACAGACUAGGUCACAUUCAGGGCAUUCCACUCCAUAAACCAACAGACUAGGUCACAUUCAGGGCAUUCCACUCCAUAAACCAACAGACUAGGUCACAUUCAGGGCAUUCCACUCCAUAAACCAACAGACUAGGUCACAUUCAGGGCAUUCCACUCCAUAAACCAACAGACUAGGUCACAUUCAGGGCAUUCCACUCCAUAAACCAACAGGCUACGCUUUUAACCCUUUCUGAACACAUUCUAACGUGCACUACCUGGCAUUUGAAAGAGGAUGGAAAGCUGCCAUUUAUUAUGUUUCCAGUUUCACUGUCUGUUCUGUUGUUGCCAUAGCUACGUGAGGCCUAUAUCAUUGUAGCGUUCCUACAGAGAGAAGUAUCACAGAGAUGAAGAUUGUCAGUUUGUUUCCAUAGUUCUUGCAGCAAGUUGUGUCUUGCGUGAGGGCUCUUAUCUAGGUUAAUGAACAACCGGCUUGUAGAAACACAUCCACUUCUUUUCCUUUUAUCUCUAACACACAUUCUAGUGGGAGAUGUACAGUGACUGUUGAUUAAUGUGUAGGACUACUGAAGUAGAGCAUCAGCAGUAUAAAGCUCAGUAAAACAGCCUAGUUCCAAGCCAAGGUCUACAGUACAUCAGAGUGGAGCGUGGUACAUUGAGAUGGUUCCAGCUACCCACAAACCUCCUUUCACCUCACCUGACACAGCCAGAUUUGAUCUAUGCCUCACCAAACCUGCUAGUGACUAUGGAAUGACUAAAAUGUGAUUCAGCGUUGUUGACUAAAAGCUGUGGUUCUGUAAAGAACGCCCUUUAGGCUGCGGGCAAAAGAUGUUGAACUUUUGACAAACUAAUAUUUGAUGAAUGCUAAUACGAUUCAAUCUGUGAUCAGUCUCUCUGUGGCCAAAGACUUAAGCAUGUUGAUUGAAGUUGUUUUUCUGUUUUUCUCAGGACUUCCAAAGCAGUACUACAGCCUGACAUGGUUUCUUAGUCCCAUCCUGGGCCUCAUCCUCACCCCUCUCAUUGGCUCAGCCAGCGACCGCUGCACCCUGAAAUGGGGCCGCAGGAGACCCUUCAUCCUGGCACUCUGUGUGGGGGUGUUACUGGGCGUUUCUCUAUUUCUCAAUGGGUCCCUCCUAGGAUUAGCCCUUGGGGACGUUCCCAGCAGUCAGCCCAUUGGGAUAGUGCUGACCGUGCUGGGUGUGGUUCUACUGGACUUCAGUGCAGACGCCUCAGAUGGGCCUAUCAGAGCCUACCUGUUGGAUGUAGCCGACACAGAGGAGCAGGACAUGGCCCUCAACAUACAUGCCUUCUCUGCAGGGCUGGGAGGAGCGGUUGGCUACGUGCUGGGUGGCUUGGACUGGACCAGCACCAUCCUGGGCACGGCCUUCAAGUCCCAGGAGCAGAUCCUGUUUGUGUUUGCUGCCGUCAUCUUCACCAUAUCUGUGAUUCUACACAUGUUCAGUAUCAAGGAGGAGAGUUUUGAGGCUCGUGGUGACACUCCGGGAGAGGGAGACUCCGAUAGCCUGUCCUCCUCAGGGAAACUGAAGGGGGGCUUGGCGGGGCCUCGUAGUAUACCUCAGCUGGAUGUUAUAGGAGAGGAGGACACCCAGUCAGAGAGAGAGCUCUUCAUCAACGUGGACAGGGUGAGGAGUAAGAGCGACUCGGUGCUGGCCAUGCCUGACGCCACCAUCGAGCUGGACUCAGACCUGGACCAGGACGGUCAUUUCCUGGCAGACAUUGAGCCCUCCAUCUUUCAGGACUACCCCCAAGAUUUCUACCCUGGCACCCCUCAGAGACACUACAGUAGAUGGGGCAUCCAGGACCAGGAAGUCCCCCAGCCCGAGGCUCAGGCAGACCGCCAGCUGCCCCUCUUCCACCAGGACCCCUCCCCCUACUACAGCAGGGAGCACAUGUUGCUCAACAACCAGACCAACCAGGGAGCCAAGUGCCUCAACGGGGCCUCAGUGGUCCCGGCCGUCCCCUCCAACCACACGGCCCACGGGGCCAACAGCCAGGGCCGUAUGCCAGGCCUGAGGCCGUCCAACACCAGCGCCACUGCCGGGGCACGCCGCUUCCCCCACACCUUCUACCGCCAGCCGUCAUUUACAUUCUCUUACUAUGGCCGCGUGGGUUCAGCACGAUACCGCCACCGCAGAAACACCAUGGGUAAUCCGGCCGGCGCCAACCUCCGCAUCAAGACCUCGCAGAGCAUGAACGACAUCUACGAGCACAUGCAGCGGCGGCAGCAGAGGAGGGAGCUCCAGCAGAGCAGCACCACACUGUCCAGCAGUGACUCUGAGAGUGACGACGGGGACGAGGAGGGCACCACGGUCAAGCUGCUGUGGCUGUCCAUGCUGAAGAUGCCCCCCCAGCUGCUGAGGCUCUGCGUCUGUCAUCUCCUCACCUGGUUCUCCAUCAUCGCUGAGGCAGUCUUCUACACAGACUUCAUGGGACAGGUCAUCUAUGAUGGAGAACCCACAGCUCCUGCUAACUCCACUGAACUGCAGCACUACCAUAAAGGAGUCCAGAUGGGCUGCUGGGGACUGGUUGUCUAUGCUGCUACCGCUGCAGUCUGCUCAGCUGUGCUCCAGAAGUACCUGGACAACUACGACCUGAGCAUUAAGGUCAUCUACAUCCUGGGUACUCUGAGCUUCUCCCUGGGAACCGCCGUCAUGGCCAUCUACCCUAACGUCUACGUUGCCAUGGUGAUGAUCAGCACCAUGGGCAUCAUCUCCAUGAGUAUCUCCUACUGUCCCUACGCUCUGCUGGGCCAGUACCACGAGAACAAGCAGUACAUCCACCACAGUCCGGGGAAGUCGCGACGAGGCUUCGGCAUUGACUGUGCCAUACUGUCGUGCCAGGUGUAUAUUGCCCAGAUCCUGGUGGCGUCUGCGCUGAGCACGGUGGUGGACGUGGUGGGCAGCGUGCGGGUCAUCCCAAUGAUGGCCUCUGGAGGCUCCUUCCUGGGCUUCCUCACCGCCACCUUCCUGGUCAUCUACCCAGACUCCUCCACUCCCACCACUACGCAGGACCAGGAGGGGUAUGGAGAGGAUGGGGCUCCGGCCCUGGUGGCCCCAGAAGCAGGCCCUAGUGGUAGCAGUAUGCAGGAGCCAGUAGUCCUUCUCAAAAUGUCACCUAAGGGCAGCAGCAGCACGACAAACUACGAGUCCACUAUUUAACAAAGAAGAAGAGGGGCAAGGACAAAAUACUGCAUCUCAAUAGUCAUAAAGUGGCUUCCUCUCUUUGUCUCCUUUUAAUCUGCACAGAUAUCUAGUGAAGAAAGACAGUGACCAAACCUUAACACUCACUAGUCACAUGAGUUCCAGUGGGAUGGACUGUUCCAAUAUACACGUUGUGCAUUUCUUGACAUAUGGCUGUUUUUCUUUUCCUCGUGGGGUUCUAAUGUUUGUGGUUUCACUGAUAUGCGUCCCAAAUAGCACCCUACUCCCUUUUAUAGUGCACUUUUUACCUGGGUCCAUAAGGCUCUGGUCAAAUGAUGUGCACUAAAUAGGGAAUAGGGUGCCAUUUGGGACUCAUUCACAGUUUGAAAGGCCUGCAGGAAGCAAUAUCAGACUCCGUAUCCACCUCAUACACAGGAUCUAAUGCUGGACUCUCUUCUUUACUCAUGGGAUCUAAUGCUGGACUCUCUUCUUUACUCAUGGGAUCUAAUACGGGACUCUUUUUUUACUCAUGGGAUCUAAUGCUGGACUCUCUUCUUUACUCAUGGGAUCUAAUACGGGACUCUUUUUUUACUCAUGGGAUCUAAUGCUAGACUCUCUUCUUUACUCAUGGGAUCUAAUGCUGGACUCUCUUCUUUACUCAUGGGAUCUAAUACGGGACUCUUUUUUUACUCAUGGGAUCUAAUGCUGGGCUCUCUUUUUUUACUCAUGGGAUCUAAUGCUGGACUCUCUUUUUUUACUCAUGGGAUCUAAUGCUGGACUCUCUUUUUUUACUCAUGGGAUCUAAUGCUGGACUCUCUUCUUUACUCAUGGGAUCUAAUGCUGGACUCUCUUCUUUACUCAUGGGAUCUAAUGCUGGACUCUCUUCUUUACUCAUGGGAUCUAAUGCUGGACUCUCUUUCUUAAACGUGAUUUGGACUUUUUCUGUAGAUGGUUGUUUAGACUGCACGUGAAUAUUUUCACUCCAUUUCUAAAUUGAGAACAUGUUUUAUUGAUAUUAUUUUGUGAUUGUACAAAAUGGUUUGAGUGACCGAUCAACUUUUUUAGAGCAAACUUAGUUUCCCCACAGACGGAAUGCUAUAGGAGUCCCUAUGUUACUGUGACCUCACUAAAGAUGCUGCAGCCACAGAAGAUCCAGUUCAGAACAGUAUAGGAGUCUCUCUUACUAUGACCUCAUUAAAGAUGCUGCAGCCACAGAGGAUCCAGUUCAGAACAGUAUAGGAGUCUCUGUUACUAUGACCUCACUAAAGAUGCUGCAGCCACAGAGGAUCCAGUUCAGAACAGUAUAGGAGUCUCUGUUACUAUGACCUCAUUAAAGAUGCUGCAGCCACAGAGGAUCCAGUUCAGAACAGUAUAGGAGUCUCUGUUACUAUGACCUCAUUAAAGAUGCUGCAGCCACAGAGGAUCCAGUUCAGAACAGUAUAGGAGUCUCUGUUACUAUGACCUCACUAAAGAUGCUGCAGCCACAGAGGAUCCAGUUCAGAACAAUAUAGGAGUCUCUGUUACUAUGACCUCAUUAAAGAUGCUGCAGCCACAGAGGAUCCAGUUCAGAACAGUAUAGGAGUCUCUGUUACUAUGACCUCAUUAAAGAUGCUGCAGCCACAGAGGAUCCAGUUCAGAACAGUAUAGGAGUCCCUAUGUUACUGUGACCUCACUAAAGAUGCUGCAGCCACAGAGGAUCCAGUUCAGAACAGUAUAGGAGUCCCUAUGUUACUGUGACCUCACUAAAGAUGCUGCAGCCACAGAGGAUCCAGUUCAGAACAAUAUAGGAGUCUGUUACUAUGACCUCAUUAAAGAUGCUGCAGCCACAGAGGAUCCAGUUCAGAACAGUAUAGGAGUCUCUGUUACUAUGACCUCAUUAAAGAUGCUGCAGCCACAGAGGAUCCAGUUCAGAACAGUAUAGGAGUCUCUGUUACUAUGACCUCAUUAAAGAUGCUGCAGCCACAGAGGAUCCAGUUCAGAACAGUAUAGGAGUCUCUGUUACUAUGACCUCAUUAAAGAUGCUGCAGCCACAGAGGAUCCAGUUCAGAACAGUAUAGGAGUCUCUGUUACUAUGACCUCAUUAAAGAUGCUGCAGCCACAGAGGAUCCAGUUCAGAACAGUAUAGGAGUCUCUCUUACAAUGACCUCACUAAAGAUGCUGCAGCCACAGAGGAUCCAAUUCAGAACAGUAUAGGAGUCUCUCUUACUAUGACCUCACUAAAGAUGCUGCAGCCACAGAGGAUCCAAUUCAGAACAGUAUAGGAGUCUCUCUUACUAUGACCUCACUAAAGAUGCUGCAGCCACAGAGGAUCCAGUUCAAAAUAAUAUAGGAGUCUCUGUUACUGUGACCUCACUAAAGAUGCUGCAGCCACAGAGGUUCCAGUUCAAAACAAUAUAGGAGUCUCUCUUACUAUGACCUCACUAAAGAUGCUGCAGCCACAGAGAAUCCAGUUCAGAACAAUAUAGGAGUCGGUCUCUUACUGUGACCUCAGUAUGCCACAGAGGAUCCAGUUCAGAACAAUAUAGGAGUCGGUCUCUUACUGUGACCUCAGUAUGCCACAGAGGAUACAUUACCUGUUAUAAACACCCUUCACUAACUCUCUUUCUUCUGUCUAUUGACAUGUAUAUCAUGAAAACACUCAGGGCUAUUAUACAGCACAGACAAUAUGAUGUCCAGGUUACACCAAAAGUCCAAAGAACCAUUCAGGACGUUCCUUUUUGUAGGUCAUAUUUGCCAUUUACUGGGUUGAGUGGCCUAUAGCCUACUGUUUACAUGACAGAGUUGGAGAAACGUUAUCAGCCUUAAGAUAAUCAAAUCCUGAAGUGAUGAUGCUUACAUUCUAACACAUAUCAAUAUUUUGAAAAGGGAAAAUGUUGUAAACCUCGAUUAUAGUAUGCUGCAUGGAAGAAUACUAGAUUUCAUACUACAACUAGUCAUUAAAAAUGGUCUAUGAUCAUAAGAUGCCUUUGGGCCCAUCCAGCAUUGAAGAAACCCUACACUGUACUGUGCUACAGUGAGUAGCCCUCUGUUCUGAACCAUCUGUUCCACAGGGUAACGUAUAAGAAAGGAUAUUGCUCUGUAUGUUUUUACAUUUAACAACUGCAAAAGCUGCACAAUAAACUU